AUGGUGCGCGCGGCUACAUAUUAUGUUUAAGCGAGCUUGAAUUGAGGCCAUGUCUUCCAUCGAUUAGUAGAAGUUAGUUGGAAUUUGAGGGCAAAUGGAGAUCGUCCCUGACAACACACCAGAUGAUGACAAGAGCCAAAACGAGAGGAGAUAUAUGAGAGAGGUCGCUGGACGCAUCCUGCUACUGUCGACGUUGGUGGCAACGGUGACGUACACUGCCGGGUUCAACCCCCCGGGGGGUGUCUGGCAGGACAACGCCGGUCACCUCCCCGGAGAUCCAAUCAUCAGGUCCACCCAGUACGUGCGGUACCAGGUGUUCUUCUACUGCAACGCCACAGCAUUCGCAUCGUCGCUCACAGUCUUCAUCCUCCUGCUACUCGGAGAGUUCGUCCGCCGCCUAAAAAAUCUCAACGGUCGUCCGGUAAAUAUCCUAGGGUAUUACAAGAUCAUUGUCAUCCCGCUAGUGCUGGUCAUGCUAGUAGGCCUGUUCAGCCUCAUCGGGGCCUACGCCGCCGGAACUUUCCGGGACACCUUCACAGCCGUCUACACUUGGUUGCUCGUGGCCGCCGUCUUCAUCUACAUCGCCAUUAACAGGGUGCGGCGGCCCUUGCCAGACUGCGACUAUCGUGACCUCCAAGUCCUAAAAGGUAUGCACCUCCGCAGUGUGCUGAUGUUGCUCGCGACCUUCGCGCUGAGCGUCACCUACGUGGGCGGGCUAAGCACUCCGGGGGGGUUCUGGGAUAGCACGGAGGGUGGCCACCGCCCAGGAGACACCAUUCUCAAGGGCGCACGCCUGACCGUGUUCUUCGUCUGCAACACCACGGCAUUCGUGGCGUCGCUACUCAUCGUCUUGGUCCUUGUCGUCACCAAGAUUCGCCGGACAAUGGCUACCUUUGGGGCCAGCGUCGUCAUGCUCUUUGGCCUCCUAGGCUCAUAUUUGGCUGGAAGUUCCCGGGGGACACACACAACCGUAUACUUGACGUGCCUGAUAGUUGCGAUUCUGGCAUUCCAGGUUGUUGUUGUCAGGAUUAUCAAAGUUUAUAUGAGGCGCUGGCCAUGGAAUCCUGUCCUCCACACUCAAGAUGCUAGGUAUGAAGAGGAUGGCAGGGAGGAGCGGGCUUCUUCAAAUUUUGUUCAGCUCCUCUCCACCCUCGCGUUGACCAUCACUUACCAGGCGGGGUUGGAUCCGCCCGGUGGCCUUUGGCAGGACAACGGAGACGGCCACAAAGCCGGCGACCCGAUACUCCGAACGACCAACAAUAGGCGGUAUAACGCUUUCUUCUACUGCAACUCCGUAGCCUUCGCAGCCUCCCUGGUUUGUAUCAUCCUUGUCCAAAUAAGGCCUCUGCUCAAGCACCGCGCGUUGGAGCAGGCCAUGAUACUGGAUCUGCUUGGCCUUGUGGGUGCAUAUGCCAUCGGGAGCUGCCGGGAUGAAACAUCCACCGUUUACGCCAUGGGUAUCGGCGGUGCCGCUCUGGUCUAUGUGGUCAUCCAUGUUGUCCUGCUGGACAAGGCCAACGAUCACCACUGCAGAAAGGAGGAGGAUGCCCGUCUGUUGGACAGGAUGGGCUAUGGUUUGUUCAUCUUCGCGAUUUUGGUCGCCACCAUCACAUACCAAGCCGGGUUGACCCCUCCGGGCGGCUUCCUGCUCAAGGACGAUGAGUCCGGGCACCAUGCGGGCGAUCCGGUUCUUUUGUACAAUUAUCCACGCCGCUACAGAGUCUUCUUCUACUGCAACUCGGCAUCCUUUAUGACAUCCAUUGCCCUCAUCAUACUGCUUGUCAACCACAACAUAUACCGUCCUGCCAUUCGAACUCAUGCGCUGUCUGUCUGCACCGCGGUGACCUUCUUUUGUCUCCUUUCCGCCUUUGCUGCCGGGACAACCCAGCAUUUGAAAACAUCCAUCUACAUCUUGGUUUUGCUGGCCUUGGUCGUAGUUGUUGCAGUCAUACUGCUCCUAGCAUUUUUCCUGAGGUCACUAAUGUAUCGCGUGCCAGCACUACAAAUUGCACUGGCGAGGUUGGCAGACGAUGCAACACCGGCACCGGCACCAGCACUAGAAAUGGCACCUUAUGAGGAAGCACAGGACGAAAGGAAAAUGCAAGCAAAACGUCUGUACCACAUGACGCUCGGGAUCCUUGUGGCGAGUGUCACCUACCAGGCCGGUCUGGAUCCUCCGGGCGGAUCAUGGCAGCGUAGCACUGACGGACAUGACGCUGGCGAUCCGGUAAUGCAUGACAACAGGAGGCAACGUUACCUCACCUUCUUCUACAGCAACUCCAUCUCCUUCCUGUCGUCGGUUUUUCUCAUGGUACUCCUGUUGCUAACAUGGAUGACCAAAAUACCGAUCAAAUCAUGGUACUCCAUGGUGAUGCAGACGAUGAUAGUGAUGAAUUUUCUUGGACUUCUAGGGGCCUAUGCAGCUGGUUCCGGCAGGGAGGGGAAGACGGCUGUGUAUGUUGUUGCAAUAGUUUUAUCCGUGCUGGUUUAUUUUACGAUCCAUGUAAUUGUAUCACUCCUUCGGCGAAAGGGACCUGGGGAUGUAUCCAUGCCCACAGAUAUGGCAGCGCAAGAACAGAAGCCUAGCUAGGAGCCUAGGACGCACCGGUACACUUCUGGGACCGUGUUCUGCUAAUCUUUGUUGUGCCUAAUAAAGUGGCUUGUAUCCCUA